AUGUCUGAAACCGAGGAUGCCUCUGUGCUAGGAAAGCGAGGGCGUGACGGAGACGCCGCCAUGUCUGACGGCGAGGAUGUCGGACCGCCCAUGCCGCCUCCGCCAGGUGGGGGGGAAGAGAGUGAUGACGAUGUUGGGCCUAUGCCCAUGCCGGAUAGUGGUACGAGUGGUGCGCGCAAGAAGAAGCGCAAGGUUCUCCCACAUGAACGUCUCUACCUGGAGCACCUGCCUAGUGCCGACAGGUACUGGAAGAGCUUCAUGCAUAGAGAAGUCAUAAACUUUGUUGUAGCAACAAAAACAGACUUCAUCGUCACCACGUCCAUUGACGGACAUUUGAAGUUGUGGCAAAAACAGGAAGUCGGCAUCGAAUUCGUGAAACACUUCAGAGCCCAUGUACAGCCGAUAGUUGGAGUCUCAGCCAGUGCAGAUGGCACAUUGUUUGCUAGUAUCUCGGAGGACGGAACGGCGAAGGUGUUCGACAUUCUGAACUUUGACAUGAUCAACAUGUUGAAGUUAGGAUACACCCCACGCGCAUGUUGCUGGGUACACAAGCGUGGGCAAGUUCAGGGCUUACUCGCCAUUUCUGAAGCAGGAUCGGGGAAAAUACACAUAUAUGAUGGUCGAGGGAACGAAACCCCUUUGGAGACGGUAUCGAAGUUGCACAAGGCGCCUGUGCAUCUCAUGACAUACAGCGACCGUUACGACUGCGUCAUAUCUGCCGACGAAGCCGGCUUCGUCGAGUACUGGCAGCCCAGUGAGCCUUUCGAGCUCCCCAGGCAUGCAUCUGGCUUGUGGCAGUUCAAGUCACAGACGGACUUGUACGAAUUCAAGAAGUCGAAAUCAACACCGACAUGUAUCACUCUCAGCCCUGAUGAUUCUUCCUUCGUCACCUUCUCGCUGCCUGAUCGUCAAAUCCGCGUGUUCUCAUUCUUGUCCGGCAAGAUGACGCGGAAGUACGAUGAAUCACUUGCAGCAAUACAAGAGAUGCAGCAGGCGGGGACAGCCGUGUACAAAGUUGAGGACAUGGAGUUUGGGCGGCGUCUCGCCGUCGAAAAAGAACUCGAGUUGCCAGGACCGGACGGGAAGAUCCCUGGGAUGUGGAUCAACGCUGUUUGGGACGAAAGCGGCGCAUUUGUUCUAUACCCGACGCUACUAGGCAUCAAGGUUGUAAACACUGUGACGAAUCGCGUGUCCCGAUUACUUGGGAAGGACGAGACUGUACGGUGGCUGAACCUGAGCUUGUAUCAAGGCGCUCCGCGCAAGAAGGGUCUCACCACGGCCGCUAUGGUCGCAUCUGCGAACCCCAUCCUCGCAGAAAAGGCCGGCCGAGACCCUACGUUGUUCGGCACGGGAUACAAGCGUCAGCGCUUCUACAUGUUCACCCGCAACGAACCAGAAGAUAAGUCUGGAGAUCGCGAUAUCUUCAACGAGCGCCCGACACGGGAUGAGCAAACUGUGGCAACCACAGGUGCAAAUGCGCAAGCCCUUGCUGCACCCCUGGCUACUUCGGCGACUAUUCACACCACGCUUGGCGAUAUUCACAUCCGACUGUUCCCGCAACAAGCACCGAAGGCGGUCGAGAACUUCGUUGGACAUGCGAAGAGCGGCUACUUCGAGGGCAUCAUCUUCCACCGCGUCAUCCCCAAGUUCAUGAUUCAAACCGGAGAUCCGCUCGGUGACGGUACUGGUGGUGACAGUAUCUGGGGCAAGGAGUUUGAGGAUGAGUUCUCUGACGAUCUCAAGCAUGACAGGCCUUACACUGUCAGUAUGGCGAAUGCUGGUCCUGGAACGAACGGGUCGCAGUUCUUCAUCACAACAAACGCGACGCCAUGGCUUGACCGCAAGCAUACCAUAUUUGGACGCGCUCUGUCCGGAUUGGAGACCAUCCACGCCAUUGAGAACGUGAAGGUCAACAAGCACGACAAACCACUUGAAGAUAUCAAAAUCAUCAACGUUGUUGUCUCGUAG